GGAACGCGGAGCGCAUGCCCGCCCGGCUGCACCCACGCCUGCGCACGACGCGUUUCUACGUUAUAAAUUGUAGCCAUACAUUUUCUAUUACAUGUUCCUUUAGAAUAUUGUUUAAAGCCGAUAGUGAUUCCUCUAAAACCAACAUGAAAGAAAUUUAAAAAUCAGACCGAAGAAAUUUAUUGUGUAUCUGAUGUGCAACCGCGUCGGUAUAGUCUUAUCGUUGCUUCUUUUUUUGUCCCUCGAAUCCAGGGAUUGUUCCGCGAGUUCACAAUAUGAUGCCGUCAAUAAAAUAUCUCUCAAUACCGUUCAAGGAUGGGCAGUUAAACUUGGAACGGAACUUUAUCAUUUUGGCGAAUUCAUCACCAGAAAAAAGGAAGUUCAAGACAGUUUUAAAUCAGCUCAAAUCGAAUCAAGAGAUGGAGAAAAGCUGGUACAGAGUAUGGCCGAUGAUAUUCGAGGCAUGAUGGAACUUAAAAUAAGUGCUGUAAAACGUAUAGUAGAAGCCGCCGAAAAUAUGGCGUUUGAUAAACAAAAUGAACCUGUACCUGAAGAUUAUCAAUUCUAUAAUAGUAAAGAAAUGGAAGAUUUAUACGAAGACCUAUCAAUGACUACGACGCCUGAACCAGAAUUUAAUAUGGAGAAUUGGAUUAUACGACCUCCAUCGAAGAAUGCCCACUUACUUCAGAAUCCACACUUUUCAAAUAUACCAGUCAACAUAAAUUUUAGUAGCGUUCACGUACCGACAAAUGUUUAUGCGUGGGCGACUGAAGUAAUUAAAGGUAUUCAUUGGUCAGAAGGAUUAGAUACACAUUUCAUGAACAAUUACCAAAGUGAUCCGACAUUAUCAUGGCAGUAUUUUGGUAGUUCAACUGGAUUCAUGAGACACUAUCCCGCAAUGAAGUGGCGUGCAGAUCCAGUUGAUAUUUACGAUUGUCGGACAAGAGCUUGGUAUAUGGAAGCGGCUGCCAGUCCCAAAGAUGUAGUUAUCUUAGUAGAUAGAAGCGGAUCUAUGACUGGACAAAGAAGAGAUAUAGCUAAACAUGUAGUAACAAAUAUUUUGGAUACAUUAGGAAAUAAUGAUUUUGUCAGCGUCAUGACAUUUGCUGACACCGUAGAAGAAAUUGUACCAUGUUUCGAAGAUUCCUUAGUGCAAGCGACAUUAGCAAAUCUGCGGGAACUCAAACUUGCUUUGGACAAUUUCGAAACAAACGAAAUAGCAAAUUUCUCUGCAGCGUUAACAAGGGCCUUCGAACUUCUUGAAAUUUACAGAAACAAUAGCGGUGGCGCCAACUGCAAUCAGGCUAUAAUGCUUGUUACGGAUGGCGUUCCCUAUAACUAUAAGGAACUAUACGAGAGAUAUAAUUGGAAAUACGACACUCCAGUAAGGGUGUUCACGUACCUGAUAGGUCGCGAGGUAAAGGUGGCUGACGUAAGAGAGGUGAAGUGGAUGGCCUGUGCUAAUAGGGGAUACUACGUGCAUCUAAGUACGUUAGCUGAAGUACGGGAGAGAGUGCUGGAACACGUGAACGUGCUCGCUCGACCUUUGGUACUGCAGAGGGAGAAGCAUCCAGUUGUAUGGACACCAGUUUACGCGAAUGUGACGGAUCCAAAAGUAGCAGAUUACUUGUGGGAGCAGCGGGAAAGAGCAGAACAGAAGGAACGUUUUAUGAGCCAACGCCGGGAUAAAGUGCUGUUCAACUCUGAAAAAGAACAAAAUCGUAGAUGGAAAAUAACGCAGAUGAAGCAGGGUCAGUAUAGUGAACUUGGAAAUUCACGGUACCAACUUAUGACUUCAGUAUCAAUGCCGGUUUACGAUUUGCGACACAACGAGAACAUCACAGAGAAUGUACUGAUAAAUGAAGCUUACUGGGUAUCCGUUACGAAAGAGUCCGUAGAGGAGAACGGCCAGAGAGAGAUGAGAAUUGCUAGGUUAUUAGGCGUCGCUGGGACCGAUGUCCCGCUAUCGGAAAUACAAGCCUUGAUGACACCCUACAAGGUAGGAGUGAAUGGAUAUGCUUUCAUGGUUACAAAUAACGGAUACAUAUUAAUACACCCGGACUUGAGACCAGUGUUUCAGCAAAUCUUGAAACCUAGUUACAACAGCGUGGACAUGAUAGAGGUGGAAUUAUUCGAUGACGAUAGAAGUCCGAGAAAUUUCAGCAAAGAGCUUACUGCACUCAGGAAAGAAAUAAUUGACCAGAAAACUGGAAAUAAAGCAAUGAAUGUAAAAUAUCAUAUGGAUGACAUGAAAAGAGUCGGUCGCGGUAAGAAGCACUACUACUGGACGGGCAUCAGCGACUCACCGUUCACUCUAGUGGUGACCAUUCCGGAGAACUACGGCCGGCACCGCAUCACGCCGCCACCCACUGACGACAUACACAGACUCUCACUCACCUCCAAGAACAUAUCUGCCCUGCAAUACCUGUCUGACAACUGGAGCGUUCAUCCUGAUUGGCUUUACUGUCGCCACUACGAGCGAACCUUCUCAACACCUGAAGAGGAAUUGCUAUACUUCCUAGAAAGAGUAGCAAAACCGGGGUGGAGAUGGCCAGCAAAACCGAGACCUCCUGAGCAUCAUAAGAACAAAGGCCACGAACGGCAUAACGAAGGAACCCUAGAAGCACGCGAGAGGAAAUCAUCCAACCCACCUCCACGUAAUGAAUAUUACUGUGACCACGGGCUGAUGCAAGCUCUUGUGUACGACGCGAGGAACACAGCAUGGUUUAACAAAAGCAUUUCAGAAUCAGCAUCAGAUGAGAAAGCCCCUUUGACAAAAGUGAUUGGACUCCUACCAAGAGCGGAAUUCAUUCAGCGGUUCGGUUACAUCGUGGCGUUCCUGGCGACGCACAGCGGCCUCACUCGCUGGCAAAUGCAUCCGCCAAAGGAACACAAUGACAAGCCGCAAUUCGGGAAGCAGUGGCCGCGUGCGAUCGACGAGGUGUGGUACCGGCGCGCGGUGGAGCAACACGGCGUGGACCCUCUGAGUUAUGUGUACAGCGUCGACAUGAGCACCGACAGAUCACCACUCAACGUGAGCGCGGCGGUGGUGACGGCGGCGCACGCGGUGUUCCACGGUGAUGGCCACCGGAAGGCCCCGGCUGCUGUCGUCGGCUUCCAGUUCAAACACGAACGCCUCAGCGAGUGGUUCGAGAAUAUCACUUCGUCGUGCGAACACAACAAGUGCGUCACUUGCAUGAACAACAACUGGGAGUGCUACUUGGUGGAUAACAACGGAUGGGUGAUUGUCAGCAAGGAAACCAAACACACCGGACAGUUCUUUGGAAAGAUACGUCCCGACAUCAUGAUGAAGUUGGUAGAGGACGAAGUAUUCAAAACGGUCCACAUCGUUGACUAUCAAGCGGUCUGCUUCAGGGAGAAGAAGACGACAAAUCCAGCGACUAUGCUACUGACGCCGCUGGAAAAUCUUCGUCUGAUCAUGGUAUGGAUACUAAGCACGACAAUGUGGUUCUACAACUCUAUCACGGUAGGCCUCAGCCAGGCCUCGAGUUACCCGUUCGACUAUGAGUAUGUUACACCCACUGUUGCGUACCAGAACUACGAAAACGACGACGAAACGGACGACCCGAACGUAUCGAAACCACCACCGAGGAUCCUAGAACGAGACUUCGAGAAGCUGGUCUUAAUAAACCGAACGAGGCCGACACCUUGCGACCGGGAGAUGUAUCUCUACCAGUUGGACUACAAGAAUUUGGAUGAGAAGCUCAACAAACCGGCUAAGGAGUGCGAGAGACCGUUCUACGCUCAGGUCGUGAACUACACCAAUAUGUUGCUGGUGGUCGUAGACGCGCUCUGUUCGGUGAAGGAGGGGGUCAUGCUACCGUCGAUAGACGCGACCGAAGUUCAGUACAAUGAGUCGCUGCCCUGCUUGAAGCACAUGCAUCCGCUGUACAGAAAACAACCUACGUCGUGUAUAAGAAAUCAUACGGAGGAAAGCAACGUUCAAAUGUGCGGUCGCGGCUGCCUGAUACAACAGAGUAUAAUUUUAAUUAUUUCCUGUCUGAUUUUAGUACUCAAUUUAUUUACAUAAUUGACUGUUUAUAAAUGAUUAUACUUGAUAGAUAUAUUUCAGAUUUAUUAUGUAGUUAGUUAAAAAAAAAAUAUAUCCAGCGGGGACCCCUGUUAUCCUAGUCGAUUAUUUUAAAAUGAAGUAUGGCAAGAUUAAAUAAUAACUCUAAAAAAAUUGUUGUUGAGACUGUUUAAAACCUAUCCAGGUUAAAGGUACAGACUAUCUACAAAGUUGACUACACAUUACACAAUCUUGUCGCACUUCUAUAAUGAAACAUGUCAUUUUAGCAUAUCAAAUUCCAAAAACUUAUCAAAUAAAAUAUUUUACUAAUGUAAUACAUUUUUAUAUAUCUUAUUGUAUAAUUUUAUUCUGAGGUGCCACAAAGCAAAACGCUAUGUUCAUAUCAAAUAAAAUUAAUCUUAAAAUUUAUUAGUAAGAAUGUCAGUUUCUACUUUUGUUAUAUUUUGUAAAUCAAUAUAAUAUGUUUAAAAUGUUAAGCUGUGCACAUACUGUACCUGACAAGUUACCCUGUACUGUACGGGUAAACCAAGUCAAGUAGGCUUCAGCCAAGUUCGGAAACCUUCUCAAGUUUCCAAAAAUUUGUGCUACAAUUUACCUAUUAAAACUGUAUAGCCUGUCAGGUAUGUAUGGUUAGCAUUAUAAUUUAUGGUAAAGUAAAUAUUUCCGUCCUGGUAACAUUGUUGUGCUUAGCUGGGAUUGGAAUCAUUUAUCUAAAUUGCAAAUUUUUAUUUAAAACAAAUCAAAGUAAUAGGUGUUAUGUUACUUCAGUUACAUAGUCUAAUUGUUAGUUGGAUGUGAUUUUAGUUUUUAUCAGAAACAUGUUAAGUACAAAUAAAUACUCUAUUGUGAACA